CGAGGCUGCGCCCGAAAUCAUCCUCUCUUUUGCCCCUGGUUUGGGUAAAGUCAACGAAUCUCUGGGAGAUCGUCCACUUUUUCAGCACGUUUUCAAGCAAUGGCCGUCACAUCUCGAGCUCGACUAUUUUGUUGCGUUUUGGCUCCUGUCAUUGGAGUUCUGGCCGCUUCCUAUCUGUGGAUUAUCAGCGGAAUCAUCAUUGCAAUCACUGGUUGGUCGCAAGUGCAUCUCGCUGGUUCAUAUCCCAUCCCUGCUGCGUAUUCCACUGCUCUGUAUUUCCAUGCGCUCAUUUUCACACUGUUGGGUGUGAUUGGAAUAUACGGAGUUGUAGCAUCAUCCCUGAAGCGACCUGGCCUUAUCCUUGCAUACUUGAUACUGCUCGCUCUGCAUCUCCUUCUGAGUUUCAGCGGUGGCGGCUUUUUGCUGAUGAUGAUCAAUCGUAGCCCAUCCCAAGACGAGAUAACGGCAUGUUUAUACCAGAAUCCUAACGAUCCGGUGGCCACACAAUUCUGUUACACACCCAUUUCGAUCCCACAGGGAGUAGCAGCGGCUACAUACGUUUUAUUUUGGAUAUUGGAGCUUUAUGCAUGUAUCAUGAUCUUCUCCUACCACGAAGAGCUGAAGCAGCGAGCAGCGAGCCCCGAUCUUGAAACGAGGCCCCGACGGCCAAGUGGACCUGUGAAUGCUGGGACCAUCGGGGAACCUCGGCCAAUACCCAAUUUCAAACCGGCAACUAUGGGUAGUCUGAUGAGCAGUACCGGUUACCCGGUCUCCAUUAUCGAUGGCUUCGGUCGUGUUGAGAUUAACGUUGGUGGUUCGCAAGAGCCACAGGGUUUUGCGGGCGGUGUACAGCAGCAUACUUGGGGGGAUGGACUGGCAACGUCACGAAAGCCACUUAGCCCUCCUGCAACGCCUGUAACGCCUUCUCGACCUGACUUUGUAUCAGGCAUGAAGCCUCUCCUGUUGACGUCGAGACCAUCUACUGCGAGUCAGCCCAACAGUCCGCACAUCAUUCCUCCAAUCGAGAUUUCAACCUCGCCUCUACAUCCUCCGUAUGGUUUGGGUUCAGCAGGCCUUAAUACCUCGUAUGCGUUUUCGAAUCCCGCCAAUUCCUUCGGAUCGACCGCGCCGACACCAACCCAGGCGUCAUUUGCGAGUAAUGGUUCAGAAAAUCGGUUCUAGUUGUACUUGCUGUUAUGUAUUCAAUGAAAUAUCUGAAAACUCUCAUUUCUUGUGCCUUUUUAACUCAAAUACUUCAUCGCAAUUCAAGUGAUCGGCUGAUUGAUGUAGAGUCCAUCCAUGAUCAACGAAAGCAGGACAAAUUCAAAGACUUCCAUCAUCAGCCUGGCUCGAACAUUAUUUACUGAAAGUAUUGGACCAAUGCUCACACAGGAAAGU